AUGAGUCACGCCGUCCCCAAGUACAUUGACGAGCACCACGGGUUUGGCACCACCGCCAUUCACGCAGGUCAGGACCCAGACGAGCACACGGGUGCCGUUGCUGUACCCAUUACCCUGGCCAGCACCUUUGCCCAGUCCUCUCCAGGCAUUGUAACUGGUCGAGGGCAGGCCAACUCCUUCGGUAAAGGUUGGGAGUACUCACGCACGGGUAACCCAACGCGUGGGGCCCUCGAGCGGGCCCUUGCAGCUUGUGAAAAGGGCCGCUUUGCUGUCUGUUACUCGUCCGGCAUGGCUGCAACCACAGCCGUGACGCACCUGCUCAAGCACGGGGACCACGUGCUGUGUAUUGACGACGUGUACGGCGGCACGCAGCGGUACUUUCGUCAGACGGUGCAGCCCACGUACGGCAUCGACUUUGACUUUACGGACCUGAGUGACUUGAGUCACGUGCAGACGUUGCUUCGACCGGGCAAGACAAAGCUCUUGUGGGUCGAGAGCCCGACGAAUCCGACCCUGAAGAUCACGGAUCUUCGAGCUGUUGCAUCGUUUGCGAAAGCGAACGAGCUGCUGCUGGUUGUCGAUAAUACCUUCAUGUCGCCAUACUUUCAGAACCCGCUAACGUUAGGUGCCGACCUCGUCGUGCACAGUAUCACAAAGUACAUUAAUGGACACAGUGACGUCGUUGGUGGCGUCGUUGUGACGAACUCGGAGGAGCUGAAUGACAAGCUACGCUUCAUUCAGAACGGCAUUGGGGCCGUGCCUGCCCCGUUUGAUUGCUACAUGGCCCUGCGUGGACUCAAGACGCUCCACGUGCGGAUGGCUUCUCAUGCCAAGAAUGCACAAGCUGUUGCCGAGUACCUUGAAAGCCACUCGGAAGUUGAAAAAGUGUGCUACCCCGGGCUGCCGUCGCACCCGCAGCAUGCAAUUGCUAAGGCACAAGCUUCAGGAUUUGGAGGCAUGGUCACGUUCUACGUGCGCGGCGGUCUCGACAAAGCCCGUGCUUUUCUCGAGAACCUCCACGUGUUUACGUUGGCGGAGAGUCUCGGCGCUGUUGAGUCACUGGCCGAGUCUCCGGCUAUUAUGACCCAUGCCUCGGUGCCUCCUGCUGUCCGUAAGGAACUUGGCAUCUCCGAUAACCUCAUCCGUCUGUCCGUUGGGAUCGAAGGUCUACCCGACAUUAUUGCGGAUCUCGAGCGCGCCCUCGCCGCUGAGCCCAAGGCUUCGUCGUAG